GCCCCUGUCUUUUGUUGCAGUUGGUUCAGUCCGUUUGCCGACGGUAACGUGUUAACCCGUCAGUGCCAGGGGAGCAGGCAGUUAGUUAGUGGAUCAAUCACAGCACAGCGGAGCUGUCAUAUCCAUCACAGUCAACGUAUAUAUUGUUUAUUAAAACCAAAAAGCGCCACUUAGACUAUUAUAAUGUCUGCACCAAAGAAAGGAGACCUGACCGACACGGAGAAGGAGCUACUUCAAGUUAUUGCUGCAGGUAAUGUGCAAGAAGCCUCUAGACUGCUUGGAUCCAAAGAUGUCAGAGUAAACUGUCUGGAUAAGUAUGGCAUGACCCCUCUCAUGCACGCUGCGUAUAAGGGCAAGGCAGACAUGUGCAAACUGCUGCUGCAGCAUGGAGCAAACGUCAACUGCAAUGAACAUGAACAUGGAUACACCGCACUCAUGUUUGCAGGACUCUCAGGAAAGACAGAUAUCACCUGGAUGAUGUUGGAUGCUGGAGCUGAGACGGAUGCAGUGAACUCAGUCGGCAGAACGGCAGCACAAAUGGCUGCUUUUGUAGGGCAGCAUGACUGUGUGACGGUCAUCAAUAACUUCUUCUCCCGGGUGAGGUUGGAUUACUACACAAAACCACAGGGGCUGGAAAAGGAACCAAAACUCCCUCCUAAACGUGCUGGUCCGCUACACAAAAUUAUAAUGAGUACCAACCUCAACCCUGUAAAGAUAGUGAUGUUGGUGAAAGAAAACCCUCUGCUUAUGGAUGUGGAAGCACUUGAGAAGUGUCGGAAGGUUCUGGAGCUGAUCUGUGAGAAGUGCAUCAAACAGCAGGAUAUGAAUGAGGUGUUGGCCAUGAAGAUGCACUACCUCAGCUGUGUGCUGCAGAAAUGUGGCUCUUUCCUGAAAGAGCGGCAGGACAAACUUGAUGGCUUAAUCAAGAGGUGA